AUCGUUGCGCUCUUAACAACAGACAUUGCUUUUGUUAACGGUGCCCCUCAAGUUUGUCUAACUUGUGUGAUUCCAUGUACAACUUGUGAAGGACAGUGGGGAGAAUGGGGACCGUGGAGCGAUUGCACAUUUCAAUAUGGAGUGUGGGGCAGAACAAGAGAAAGAAGCUGUAGAGGUGCAAACUGUGAAGGUGCCAGAGAUGAAGCUAUAAGAUGUGAUCCGCCAACCACAACCACACUUCCACCGCCUGUCUGGGGCGAAUGGUCUGCAUGGACCAUAUGCAGCGCUUCAUGCGGUGGUGGCACACAAACACGAACCCGAUUGUGCAUUAGAGUCGCCGGUCAAACGCUUAGUUGCAGUGGUCCUUCAAGCGAAACGCGCAACUGCAACCCCCAGCCUUGUUGCAACUGGGGUCAGUGGGGACCAUGGAGUAGUUGUUCGGUUACAUGUGGUAAUGGUGUUUCAAUUCGGUCACGAGAAUGUUCUUGCUCUCAGGGAUGUCAAGGAGAGUCUAUACAAGAACAAACUUGUACAAACGCACCUUGUCAGGAGUCGUGCAAUACAGGCUGCAGCUCCUGUUGCAGUAUUUCUAUUUGCGCGUCUUGUGUACCGGGCCAACCUUGUGCUUCCACAUGCUUCCCAGAGGGUAGCAGCUCAGUUCCAACAAUAGGUGGUAGCACUAUUCCAACAAUAAACUCAGGAGCCGUUCCUACAAUUCCAACUAUAGGGUCAGGAGACGUUCCUACAAUUCCAACUAUAGGGUCAGGAGACAUUCCUACAAUCCCAACAAUUGGCUCAGGAGCUUUGCCUACAAUCAACAGUGAUUUACCAGUUAUUGGUUCAGGCAACAUUCCACAAAUUCGGAGUGUUCGUCAAGCUGUUCAAACCGCAUAUAACGGUAUGUCUGUGCCUUCUAAUCGACUGGCCAAUGCUGCUGUACCAGCGACGUUGCAAGGCGGAAUAGCGACGUUGCCAGAGAUCGGUGAACUCAGACCUGUAGUGGAUGCACCAGCAAAUGGUGCCGCAAUAACUGUAAACCCAAACAGUAACAACAAUGGUGUAGUAUACUCAUACUACCACCCAUACUACAUGCCGAGGCAAAGGGGGCCGACUCCUGUGAUAAGGCAAUGA